AUUUCAGAUAUGGACUUAUUACCAAAACUAAUAUGUCAAUCAUGCUUGGAACUGUUGAAUAAAUUGUAUUAUUUUAAACAAGUAGUUGUACGUUCAAAUGUAAUACUAAAACAGCAGAAACAAAGAUGAAUCACAGCAAGUUGAUAAAGUUCUAAUUGAUAUGAAUAAUGUUGAUGUGGGAGAGAAGAUUGUUACUCCCGAGAAAGUGCAAUCUGACACAAGUAAUUAUGAAAACAGUGAACAGUCUGUUACAGCAUCUCUUAUUAGCCAGAUACUAGCUAGGAGGAAGAGGCGCGGCCCUGGACGUCCACCGAAGGACCCUGAUGGCGCUAAGCGACGACUGGAACGUAUGCGAUGCAUGAAGUGUGGGAAGAGUUUCCAGAAGUAUGACAACUUUGAGGCUCACAUGCGGGGGCAUUUUGGAAAACUGCCAGAUAUAAAAUGCAAGUGUUGCGACAAGACAUUCCUAUCGCUGCGAAGUUUGAGUAGUCAUAUGAGGAUUCACACGGCUGUCCGCAAGUACCAGUGCCUCACUUGCGGCAAGAGCUUUGCCUAUCUCAAUGUGUUGAAGAACCACGAACUUAUACACGCCGGGAUCAAGAAACACGAGUGCCAUAUGUGUGACGCUAAGUUUGUACAGGCCUAUAAUUUGAAGAUUCACUUAGAAACACACACAAAUGAGAAAAACUACAGUUGUUCACAAUGUGGAAAGAAGUUUGCACAGCCCGGGAACCUAAAAGUACAUCUGAUUAGGCAUACCGGUAUCAAGAACUAUGCCUGCCACCUGUGCGAGAUGAGGUUCUAUAUUAAGGCAGAUUUAGUGAAGCACAUGAGAUCCCACUCAACAGACAAGCCAUUCUCGUGUCAGUUCUGCGAUAAAACUUUUAAGAGUAGAAGUUUUCAAGCGAUACACAUGAGAACCCACACUGGAGAGAGGCCGUAUGCAUGCGAUCUUUGCCCGAAGAAGUUCAUGGCUCGGAAGGACUUGAGGAACCACCGGAUGAUCCAUACCGGGGAGAAGCCGCACAAAUGUACGCACUGCGGGCAGGCGUUCAUACAGAAGUGUGCUCUCAACCGACACAUGAGGGGACACGGGAAACACGACGAGACGCUGCCUCGAGCGGUGGAGGCGGCGCCACUGACCAUGGCAUACACGCACCAUCAGUGGCAUCCAGAUGCUUGAAGUACUUAUCCAUCGUUCUCUUUUUUUUAUGAUAAUAAGGUGCAAGACGAGCAGGACGUUCAGGUGAUGGUUCAGCUCAGGAUUCUUGAAGAACCCAAAAAUUCUGAGCGGCACUACAACUGCGCUCGUCACCUUGAGACAUAAGAUGUUAAGUCUCAUUUGCCCAGUAAUUUCACUAGCUACGGAGCCCUUCACACCGAAUCACAGUAAUGCUUAUACAUUACUGCUUCACGGCAGAAAUAGGCGCCGUUGUGGUACCCAUAAUCUAGCCAGCAUGCUGUACAAAGGUGCCUCCCACUAGUAAUUAAGUUUGCUUAUAUAGAAAAAUCCACCUCGACACAGUGAAUUUCCUGAGGUACUUUUUCUAUUAAUAUACAAUCGUAUAUACGUACAUAGGCACAUCUGUCAUAUCCAUAAUGUUAACACCAGGAACAGACAUACACUUAUAAUGCCUACUACUCGGCUAAGUCGAGUUACUAAGUCUUCUGUGGUGUAUAAUAAGCUUUUACCAACAAGAUCCCAGAAAAUGUUCAAAACAAAAUUAUUACGAUAUUCAAAAGAAUUGUUAACAACAAAAUCAUAUCUGGGUUUGACAGUCUAAUGGCUGUUCCCAAUAUUCAGUCUAUCUCUUACUUGAGAUAAAAAUCGUAACUAUCGUUGACUUUCCUGUCCCACUUAACUUAUCGACGGUAACUCACCUUAACCGUACACGAUGUCAGUCAAUGGGACGACGUAUAGCUUACCAGCGAUAGAAGUUUGUAUGGAAAUUGCAAUUCACGCGACCCACUAUAAGGCGAUACGCAUGACUUAUCGGGUAUAUUGGGACAGCUUCAGAUUAUUGACAGUAGAAGGUAGUACUUUAUCUCUAUCUGUAGAUAGUAUAUUGGGAAUGGCCGUUAGUCAAAACAAAAUAUUUAUAUGAACAGGAUAUCUGUAUGUGUGUGUGUGUGUCUAUGUAUAGUUUUAUGAUUUAUGUUGUAUAUAUUAUAUUUAAUUUACACAAAUAAAAUUUUAUGUACGAUGCAGGACUCGAACCCACGACCUCCGGCGUUGCGUGCCGGUGCUCUAACCUAUAAGUCAUAUUAUUUAUUUUUAAGCUAAUAAUUUGUCAGUGAAAAAGUCUCAUUAAUAAUUUUAAUUCAUUUUAAACAUUAAGAUAAAAUAUGUACACAAUUUAAUGAUCUUUCGUCUGGUUCCUAAUGAAUAGAAAAAAAUAAUUGUAAAUAAAUAUUAUAAUCGUCAAAUAUUAAGAGAAAAAUAAAACAUGAUACAAAUAUAU